UCUGAAGAGUCCUUGGAAAUGGAUCACUCAUCUGUAAAGCGGAGAUCCACCUUGAGGGUCAGCUCUGACCCAGCAGCGGCCCAGGCCUCCUGAAGCCUGCUGCUCUGAACCCCAGUGCCCAUCGGUACAGACUGAGAAGCUGCAGAACCGGAGCCCACACGAAGGUGUUCAUUAGACAGACUACCCUGGCAAGACACAUCCUACCUGUGAUUCUUCCCAUUGUGACACAAAUAGAUUUACUUUGUGUGCAUUUACAACGUAAUGUUUGGAAGAGAAUUUCCUCGUUACCAGUAGGCAUUCUGCCGACUUCCUGACCAUGGUCACACUCAUCACUGAGAAGCUGCAGAACCAGAGCCUGGAUGACCUUGCCCGCAAGAGCUACGAUGCUGGCCCCUUGCAGCGUUCUGCUGGGACACUGAGCAACAGGGGUCAUUUGUUCCCUUUUGAGAGCAACGACAGGCGCCCCUGGAAGGUCUUAAGUGGAGGAUGGCCCGUCGGGAGUCAGACGGCCACGGGCCCACGCGGCCCAGACACAGGCCUGGGUGCCGUGAGCGCCACAGACCUCAGGGAGAGCGCAGGGCCCCCCUUGGCACCACCCACCAAGCGCCACUGCCGCUCCCUGUCGGAGCCGGAUGAGCUGGCACGCUGCCGCUCCGCCUGGCGUCCCGGUGGCUCCAAGGUCUGGACGCCGGUACCCAAGAGGCGGUCAAGUGGCGGGUGCGCCAGCCUGCGGGAAGGCCCGGCGGCCAGCUUGCCCGGGAGUGCCACGCUGCUGGGCUGCGCCCCCCCGGUGGCCGGCCCCACCUCGCCCCCCGCGCCCCGGCCGCCUUCAGCCGGCGGCGGCUGCCCGGACGGCCGUGAGGGCGGCUCGGGCCCACCCUGGCGACCCGCAGGGCCCUGCACUCUGUCCUGCAGGCGCCGCCUGUCCCUGUCGCAGGAGCACCUGGUGCAAGUGGGCACAGCCCCGCCCUCCACCGGCAGCAGCGCCUCGUCCACGCCCGAGCUGGGCCGGCGGCUGGGCCUGCUCCGGUGCCGCUCACAGCCGUGUGCUGGUCGGAAGUGUCGGCGCAAGCGCAGGCGUGAGGAGAGCGCCCACUGGCCGCGCCCGUCCUUGGACUUUCUGAAAAUGAAACGGACUUUAAAAAAUUCAAAAAGCCUUUGUUCCCUUGAUUAUGAAGACGAAGAGGAGGAUGACACCCAAGUGAAGCUGGCCCCGUAUGCCCCACACGGCCCCACGGGCACCAUCACGCCCGGCUCCAGCCCGCUGAGCGUGUGCCCCAGCCCCUGCCGCACUGGCCCCGGCCCGUGGGCCUCCUGGGAGCCCAUGGCCGCUGAGGGUGAGGGCGGGAGUGGCGGCGACCCCAGUGACUUGGAGAGCGCUGGGGAGGAGGGGGCCUUCCCUCCCGGCCGCGGCGAGCUGGACCUGGGGCAGAUCGAGAGCAACUGACCCCCGGCAGGGGGUCGGGGGCCCGGGGCCACCGCCCCCAGUUUCUUCCCGGCGCAUGGACAGGAGCUGGGCUACGCAGAACUUUGAACAUCAGGUAUAAUUUUGAUCCAAUCUUUCCUAAAGAAGUGUUUUGGAUUUUUGUGGCUUUUACAGUUCUGGAGAAAGCUGCUGUAUUUUGAACGAAUUUUUGGAAGGGCGUUCUACGGAACGGGAGCCUGCGGGCCAAUCCCACCACAGGUGUGUGUUCCUUUUCUGAAACCCCUGCCGUGCAGGGCGCGGGGGUCCGUGAGUGCUGAGCAGCCGGCCUGCCGCUGCCCGUCUCCUUUGGAGCGCCAGGCGGUGGGUACCUGUGCUCAGGAGCUCUGGGUUGGUGGUCCUGGCGGCACCUGGU